AGAAGCCCCGCCCGGCCGGGCUCCGCGCCUUCCCUUCCCUCCCUUCCUCCAAGCUUCUCGGUUCCCUCCCCUGAGAUACCGGCGCCAUGUCCAGCGCCCGGACCCCCCUACCCACGCUGAACGAGAGGGACACGGAGCAGCCCACCUUGGGACACCUUGACCCCAAGCCCAGCAGUAAGUCCAACAUGCUGCGGGGCCGCAACUCAGCCGCCUCUGCUGACGAGCAGCCCCAUAUCGGCAACUACCGGCUCCUUAAGACCAUCGGCAAGGGCAACUUCGCCAAGGUGAAGCUGGCCCGGCACAUCCUGACCGGGAAGGAGGUAGCUGUGAAGAUCAUUGACAAGACUCAACUGAACUCCUCCAGCCUCCAGAAACUAUUCCGCGAAGUAAGAAUAAUGAAGGUUUUGAAUCAUCCCAACAUAGUUAAGUUAUUUGAAGUGAUCGAGACUGAAAAAACUCUCUACCUGGUCAUGGAGUACGCUAGCGGAGGAGAGGUGUUUGAUUACCUGGUGGCUCAUGGCAGGAUGAAAGAAAAAGAGGCUCGAGCCAAAUUCCGCCAGAUAGUGUCUGCUGUGCAGUACUGUCACCAGAAGUUUAUUGUUCAUAGAGACUUAAAGGCGGAAAACCUGCUCUUGGAUGCUGAUAUGAACAUCAAGAUUGCAGACUUCGGCUUCAGCAACGAAUUCACCUUUGGGAACAAGCUGGAUACCUUCUGCGGCAGUCCCCCGUAUGCUGCCCCAGAGCUCUUCCAGGGCAAAAAGUAUGACGGACCCGAGGUGGAUGUGUGGAGCCUGGGAGUUAUCCUGUAUACACUGGUCAGCGGGUCCCUGCCUUUUGAUGGACAGAACCUCAAGGAGCUACGGGAGCGGGUACUGAGGGGAAAAUACCGCAUUCCGUUCUACAUGUCCACGGACUGUGAAAACCUGCUUAAGAAAUUUCUCAUUCUCAAUCCCAGCAAGAGAGGCACUUUAGAGCAAAUCAUGAAAGAUCGAUGGAUGAAUGUGGGUCACGAAGAUGACGAAUUAAAGCCUUAUGUGGAGCCACUCCCUGACUACAAGGACCCCCGGCGGACAGAAUUGAUGGUGUCCAUGGGUUACACACGGGAAGAGAUCCAGGACUCACUGGUGGGCCAGAGGUACAACGAGGUGAUGGCCACCUAUCUGCUCCUGGGCUACAAGAGCUCUGAGCUGGAGGGUGACACCAUCACCUUGAAGCCCCGGCCUUCAGCUGAUCUGACCAAUAGCAAUGCCCCUUCCCCCUCCCACAAGGUACAGCGUAGCGUCUCAGCCAACCCCAAGCAGCGGCGCUUCAGUGACCAGGCUGGUCCUGCCAUUCCCACGUCCAAUUCCUACUCUAAGAAGACUCAGAGUAAUAACGCAGAAAAUAAGCGGCCUGAGGACGACCGGGAGUCAGGGCGGAAGGCCAGCAGCACAGCCAAAGUGCCCGCCAGCCCUUUGCCCGGCCUGGAGAGGAAGAAGACCACCCCCACCCCUUCCACGAACAGCGUCCUCUCCACCAGCACAAACCGAAGCAGGAAUUCCCCCCUUUUGGAGAGGGCCAGCCUUGGCCAGGCCUCCAUCCAGAAUGGCAAAGACAGCCUAACCAUGCCAGGGUCCCGGGCCUCCACGGCUUCUGCUUCCGCCGCAGUCUCUGCGGCCCGGCCCCGCCAGCACCAGAAAUCCAUGUCGGCCUCCGUGCACCCCAACAAGGCCACUGGGCUGCCCCCCACGGACAGUAACUGUGAGGUGCCGCGGCCCAGCACGGCCCCCCAGCGUGUCCCUGUCGCCUCCCCCUCCGCCCACAACAUCAGCAGCAGUGGUGGAGCCCCAGACCGAACUAAUUUCCCCCGGGGCGUGUCCAGUCGAAGCACCUUCCACGCUGGGCAGCUCCGGCAGGUGCGGGACCAGCAGAAUUUGCCCUACGGUGUGACCCCAGCGUCUCCCUCUGGCAACAGCCAGGGCCGGCGGGGGGCCUCGGGGAGCAUCUUUAGCAAAUUCACUUCCAAGUUUGUACGCAGAAAUCUGUCUUUCAGGUUUGCCAGAAGGAACCUGAAUGAACCUGAGAGCAAAGACCGAGUGGAGACGCUCAGACCUCACGUGGUGGGCGGCGGAGGCACUGACAAAGAAAAGGAGGAGUCGGAGGCCAAGCCGCGCUCGCUACGCUUCACGUGGAGUAUGAAGACCACGAGCUCCAUGGAGCCCAAUGAGAUGAUGCGGGAGAUCCGCAAGGUGCUGGACGCAAACAGCUGCCAGAGCGAGCUGCACGAGAAGUACAUGCUGCUGUGCAUGCACGGCACGCCGGGCCACGAGAACUUCGUGCAGUGGGAGAUGGAGGUGUGCAAACUGCCGCGGCUGUCUCUCAACGGCGUGCGAUUUAAGCGGAUAUCGGGCACCUCCAUGGCCUUCAAAAACAUUGCCUCCAAAAUAGCCAACGAGCUCAAGCUUUAACAGGCUGCCGGGAGUGGGGGGCGACGGAGGCGGGCCAGCUGGACGUAGCUGCUGGGGCCGGGCUCCGACCCACCUGGGCGAGACUGCAGAGAUGGAUUGGUCUGUCUCCCCCUGCUGGCGCUUCUCCCCUCCCGCCCUCCUCGAUUGGUUUUUUUUUUUUUUUUUUCUUCUUCCACGUUUGGGGGGGGACGGGAGACGGUUCUUGCCCCCCAACAUUUGCCCCUGCCCAGAAAGUCCCCCCCUUCCCCCCUCUCCCCCACAGGAGGCCAAGGGAGGGGGGGGAGGGGGUGGGGGGGCGGGGCUCCCCCUCGGUACUGCGGUUGCACAGAGUAUUUCGCCUAAACCAAGAAAUUUUUUAUUACCAAAAAGAAAAAAGAAAAAAAAAAAAAAUCCCAGCGGCCACCUUUCCUCCCCGCCCCAUCGGGACA